GUCCCAAUGUGAGACCAACCCGCAUCUUAUCCAUCAACCACUAUGGCGGGCAAAACGUCUGAUAACGCCUUCAGUGUCCCUCAAUUCACUGCAAAGGACUAUUCUUCAUUUUUCUUAGCAGGGGCGUUAUGCUGCACUGUAACACAUGGAGCAAUGACUCCCAUUGAUGUCGUCAAAACGCGCAUUCAGAUAGACCCUGCAUUCAAACACGCAACAUUCCUCUCUGGGACACGUCAGGUUAUCGCCAACGAAGGUCCCAGAGCGCUGUUGACGGGCUUCGGACCCACCGCAGUAGGAUACCUUGUGCAGGGUGGUGCAAAAUUUGCAGGUUACGAAUUCUGGAAGAAGAAGUGUGUGGAACUCGCUGGAGAUCAGGAAACUGCUGUCAAGUACCGCACCGCGAUAUAUCUCGGUUCCGCAAGUAUCGCAGAAUUCUUUGCAGAUAUCUUGCUGACUCCUCUUGAAGCUACCCGUAUACGCCUGGUCUCAGAGCGUAAUUAUGCUACAGGUCUGGUAACUGGUUUUACGCGGUUAGCUCGCGAAGGGGGUAUACGCGAACUCUACGCCGGGUUCCUUCCCAUUCUUUGCAAGCAAAUUCCAUACGCUAUCGGUCAAUUCACUGUCAACGAAUUUUGUCAUGAGAUGGCUUUUCGCUCCAUGUCAGAAGAAACGCGGCGCAACCUCUCGCCCACCAAUAAAUUCGGUAUUGCUUUGGGUAGUGGUAUUGUUGCCGGUUUCGCGGCUGCAGUGUUGAGUCAGCCAGCGGACACGCUCUUGAGUCAGAUCAACAAAGGCCAUGGGCCCACUGGUUCGAUGCCUCAUCGCCUUGCCGUACUUGCUCGUGAAGCCGGAUUCCGUGGUUUAUUCGCUGGACUGGGUCCGAGAAUGAUCAUGACCGCCGGGCUGGUGUCAGGCCAGUUCUUACUUUAUGGGGUUAUUAAGGAAGACUGGGUGCUCCUCCAGGAUUGGAAAUACACAAAGAGGACAGCCUUGCUUCUAGUGCUGCGCAUUAAUCCAUAAACGAUAUAAUGACGAUGAAAUAUAUUAUUACAUU